AUGCUAAGCGAGGAGGAAAAACGACAGAUUUUUGGAAAAGGUCGUCCGCGUAAAAAUAUUGUGAGUAUUUUAACUAAAGAUCGUCUGUCGUUAUUUGACUAUGUCUUGGGCUUCCACUAUUACGACUGUUUCGAUCAAGACCAAGUUUUAUACUGUCGUCGACCGCACGAUACUAUUGAACGAAAUGAGACGAAAAAUUGUUCGGGUAGCGAUUCUACUACUUGGUGGUCAUUUUCCGAUUUGAAACAGAAGGAAGUGAAAACCGACAUGCUAUUCGACUGGUUAAUACCGUUAAAAAUUAUUGAUCGUUAUGCUCGAUAUUUAUUGAUACCGGAUACUCCAAAUGGUUUCAUUUGUAAUUGUUCAUCGAGAUAUUUUGGCGUGGUGUGUGAAUAUGAACGACCAAUAGAAUCAACACUUAGUCAAUUAUUAAAAAGUCAAAUGCAAAAUCCUUUAGCGAAAUUACAUGCAACAUCAUUAUGUUUCACCGGUAUUCAAUGUGAUAGUAGCCUACUCUGUCUCGACUGGCGUAAUAUCUGCGAUGGCACAAUACAAUGUGAAGGAGGAGAAGACGAGCAGAACUGCCAAUUACUAGAAUUUAAUCAAUGUGACCAGAAUGAGUUUCGUUGCCGUAAUGGAAUGUGCAUACCACAAGAAUUUG